AUGGUGCUGCUGAAGUUUAAACCAGAGCUUCCUCCUCCAAUGACACGACCCUCUAUGGAACAGCUCUCCCACCUCAUCAAGACCAACCUGCACUACCCAGAGAGCUACAGCCACCCUUUCAUUCAGAAGAGGUAUCACACACACGUAACAUGACUAGCUAGCUAAACAAUGUGGUUAUCAAACCAAAAGAUAGCAUCUCGAGAGUAUUUUAAAACAGCCCAAGACAUGUGCACACAGUCUUCAGCUAUGUAAUGGUGCAAGCAUUGACUGCAGCUGUGCUCCGUGUUAUGCGCUUAAGGUUCCAUGCAGUGAAGAAAUGGAGAUGUGAUUAACUGCGUAAAAAAAUAUAUAUAUUUAAUGUUCUCUCUUUUGGCUCUCUCCCUACCUCCAUCUUUCUCCGUCCCCCCUCUGUAGUCUCUGUAUGGUUCCAGUCACUUUGACUCUGUCUAACUGCUCCCUGGCUCAAGUUGAUGUCAUCAUUGACCUACGACACAAAACUACCAGGUAAAUAUAACACACACUCACUCCAUACUGUUAAAUCUGCCAUCUGUUCCUCAUGUCCCUGACCAAAUGUUUACCUGAUAAACUGCAUCCUAUUUAUCCUCCUGGUUUUAAUGAGCUUUCUAUUUUCCUCUCUUCCCGCUCUGCCAUCAUCCCUCCCCCUCUCCUCCCUCACCCCAUCAGCCCUGAGUCUCUCGAGGUGCACGGUUCGUUUACAUGGCUGGGCCAAACGCAAUACAAGCUGCAGUUGAGGGCACAGGAAGUGAUGCGAGUGCCGCUGCGAGCCUGCUUCCUGCAUGCGGGCGUCUAUAACCUGGGAACGCCACGGGUCUUUGCCAAGCUGGCGGACCAGGGAGCCAUGUGUGAGACCAGCCAGCAGACGGCCACGCCAGCACUCAUCAUCAUCAUCAACAGCACCUGA